CUUUUUCUCAUACAUAGCUAGAUCUAUUUCAUUACCAUAUAUGAAAACGAUAAUUGAUGCAAACGAUUUUCAAAGAAAAACAAAAGCAUCGGUACACAAAGGCGGCUAUAGUAACAACCCUGUCCCGAAAGGCCAUGACAUUAGCAGUGACCCAUACCAUACCAUAUAUACCAUUCGUCAACCAAAAAAUCACACCCCUUUAGAUUACUUUUGUAACAUCUGUCUCUCUAUAUAUUACUCAACAAAAAUAUAUAAUACCUACUCCUCAUCCAUAACCAUAACCAAGUUGAUUCAUCGGCAACAAAAUGGAAGUGUUGAGUCCAAGUCAUAAGAAAGUGUUGAGUCCAAGUCAUAAGAAGGAGGAUGAUUUCGAUUUUGAUUUCGAUUUCAAUAGAUUUUCAUAUUUAAGUGCUCCUUCUUCACCAAAGCGAUUUGGUGAAGCUUUUUACUUAAGUGCCCCUACUAGUCCGUCACGAUUUUACGCCCAAUUCGAAGAUGACGACGAUGGAUUCGCGUUUCAGGUUAAUAGAGAACAAGAUUCAUCUCCUCGUUCAGCUGGAGAACUCUUUGACGAUGGGAUAAUCAAGCCGUUGGAAUCGGCUAAUUCGCCUCUUUUGUCUCCGAAUCGAGUCAAACAAUCUCCGAUAGCGAAAGGAAAGAAAGCGGUUGUCGAAGCUUUUUCAUCUAAGAAUGAGAAAGAUUUAUCUGCUGCUAGUAGUGUUGUUCCGGAGAGAAGAGGAAGAGAUAGAACACCGUCUUCUGAAUUUUCUACAUCGAAAUCUGGUAGAAGAAUCGUUCGUUCUGAUUCUCCGUAUAGACAUCCACAAUACACAUGGAUAGAACAGCAACAACAUCGACAUCAACAAGAAAAAGAACAAAAACAAAGUAAACAAUCUCAGCAAUAUGUUGAAUCUGUUUCUUCAUCUCAUUCUUGGAGAAGUUCUAGAAUAUGGAGAUUGAAGGAUUUUUUGUUGUUUCGUAGUGCUUCAGAAGGGAGAGGUACGAGCAAGGAUCCGUUCAGGAAAUUUACUGUUUCUUACAGCAAGAAAUCAUCUGAAGAAGGGAAAGGUUCGUCACCGUUUAGAUCGAAUAUGCCAAAGUCUAGAAGAAAAGAAUCUGUUGUUUCUGCACAUGAAUUGCAUUACGCUAGAAAAAAAGCUGAAACGGAGGAUAUGAAGAAGAAAACUUUUUUGCCUUAUAAACAAGGGAUUUUGGGUAAGUUGGCUGGGUUAGGAUCAAGCACAAGAUGAAUGUGAUGAAAUAUUUUAUCAUUCUUUCAAUCUCUGUGAUAGUUUUUUUUUUCUGCAUAAACAAAACUGUAUUCUUUUGUUGAAAUUUUAAUAUAUACACAUUUCAUUAUUAUUA